AAGUUAAAACGGCGGCGGUCGCGCACCUACCCGCUGUCUGUAAUGUCUCCUCCAGGCGCGGGGUGCUAACUGAGACACUGGCGGGGUGGGGAGAGGCAGAGGUGCGGGGAGGGACCGGGAGAUGGGUGUUUGGUGAUCUCUUCCUUUCUCUUCCCCCUUCUUCCCCCCCUUCCCCCUUCUCUCUCUCUCUCUUGUCUCUCAAGGACGAGGUGAAAUCCCUUUGCUGGUCAUGAGGCGGCUUCAGAGACAAACAACACAAUGCGAGUGCAAAUAACAAAAGGAAAAAAAGAGAGGGGAAAAAAAAAAAAAAAGGAAACCGGAGAGGGAGACCGGGAACAAUGGGGGAGGAGAGGCUCGCCGCGCCGCGCCUGGCCGCCGCCGGCACCCCGGCAGGCAGGAGGAGGCGGCGGAGGAAGGCGAGGUGGCGGCAGCGGGGAGGGGGCUGCGCGGGGAGUCCCCCCGGCGCGCCAGGGCUACCUCAGACCAACCCCGACCUCCUGCCGCCGGCUGCUGCCGCCCGCCCCGCCGCGCACUAGGGCGGCCCUGCGCGGCGGCAAACCGGCCAACGCGGUUUCUACACGUGCAACACGUGGCGGAGCGGUGAAGGCGACUAGGCGGGAUUUGAGCCUGGGAAGCGCAAGAGCUAUGCACUCCGAGCCAAACUGUUCAAAGAAGAGCAAGUUUGGUUAUUAUUCAUCUCCACGAGGGAAGCCUUAUCUUCUACAAAUAUUUGAUACUGGGACAAGUCCAAUAAUUAACAAGAACAAUCAAACAAAUUCACUGCCUUCUUGGGGAUUUAAAAAGUCAUCAUCUGGAAUUCAUGAGCAUUACAACUCCUUCCUCCCCACCCCCACCCCCCUUAUUUUUCCCCUUGCUUGGAUACGUUAUUGUGUAUAA